AUGGCUAACACAAAAGAAACCAUUGAACUUGAGGUUAUCAGUUAUGAGAAGAUUUGUUCUCAGAAUAAUGCCGAACUCCAGAGGCUUUUCGCGGCCUGCCAGCCCCCACCCAUAGGCCGAGGGAUAUUUUGGCUCGACUUCCGCGGGUCUAAGGGAGAAGAGGUGCUUCAACAUCUCGCUUCUGUCAAUGAAGGUAUCUAUAAAUACUUUCAGCAACCCAUCUCUGCCAAGAUGGCGGAUUUCCGCGAAGGCGUGGAAAGAGGUUUUAAGGACCAUGACUCAAUUAUCGACACAUUUGAAAUAUCUCGUGAUGAAGAAAUUCAGGGGGAGCGCAGGCUUCCUCCUAUUCUCGAUGUCUACAAGACACAAAUCUCGGGUAUGUCGUCAAUAUGCGAUACGGCGGCCAGAGACCUUACCUCUGCCCUAUGCUCUUCGCUCAUGCCGGGUACGUCAUUUAACGUGAUCCCGGAGAAUGAAUCUGACACUGGUAUCAAACUCUGCUUGGUGAAUGGGGAAGUGCCAGCUUGGGAUGAAGUGGCAGAACCGCAUACAGAUUUUGGAAUUGUGACGUUGGUGUUCUGUGAUUUCCCUUCCCUAGAACUUGUUACUAGUCACGAUGGCUCUGGCAAGCCGAAUUGGGCCCUUAUUGAGCCCCUGGAAGGUUGUGCCUUGGUAAACGUUGCAGAUACGCUGCAGUCGCGUACUAACAACGCUCUCUACUCACCUUUACACCGGGUAGUGCAGCCUGAGGGGGGGCAGGCUAAGGGAGUUCCCAUGACAGCUUACUACUUGCGACCCGAGCAUGUAAUGUAG